AGAUGCGAGCAGCUUCAGAGGCCGGAGAGAAUAGUGCAGAAGCUGGAGUGGCUGCAACUCCUGAAGGUGACAUUGCUCUGCCUGUCACUGUUACCACCACCAGCCCCACUAUCACCACUGCCGAUAAACAACCCAAUGGUGAUAAUGGCACCAAAGGAAAUGGUACAGCGGUGGCAACUGUUACAGUGGAGGCAACCAUUACAGCGGCGGCAACUGUUAUGAUGGCAGAAGCUGUUACAGUGGCGGCAACUGUUACGGUGGUGGAGACUGUAAUCACAAAGAUCACCAGGAAGUCCUACUGCCGUGAUGCUUGGAUGGCCGAUAACCCUGAACAGGGCUUGGCCGACUUUGAUAUUUACUGGAAGGGCCUUACUCAGGCAGACAAGAAGAAGUUCAACAAUCUUGCCUUUAAAGCUCUCGGCCGCGCUACACAGGAACAGACGACAUAG